AUGGCUGCUAAAAUCAAUGAUAGAUGUCUUCCUCUACGUCCCAAUUCGAUUGUUCAUCACGCUUCCCCACCGUUGUUCGAAUUAAUGAAUAUGCCCAGCCGUCUUAUGCUGGAAAAAGUUUAUCUAAACGGAUUGCAUGCUUUAAGGCACUUUGAAAUUCGCAACAUAACACAAAACACUAUCCUUAUCAAACUACGCUCCAACCUUGGUUCCCAGGUCGCGUUUCAACUCACCAAUGAAAAUCUUCCUGAAUUGAGGCCAGGUUCACCAAUCCCAAAGGAAAUUAAUGACUCGUCAAAUUCACCGUCACUGUAUAUUUCACCCGUCCCUGAGAAUGAUAUAUUACUUGGUACGAAGCCAGGAGAUCCACUGACCAAUAUCACUACAAAUACAGUCGCUGCAGCAGCUGCUGGAGCAUUUGGAGAUAAUGUCAAUGGGCAUCAAUUCAAUCAACUUUUUAAUUAUGUAAACCAUAUAGACGAAGUAGAAAUCGCUCCGGGAUGCUCUCAAAGGGUUAUUUUGGCUUUUUUACCAGACCAUCGUCACAAAAGUCGAAGAUCCGCUGCCAAUAGUUCUUCGACACCUUCAUCUGUGGAUGACAUCAACGGUGUGUCCAUUAAUACGAUGAACUCUAAUCAAGUUGAGGAUCCAAGAGUUAAUGCUAAUCUAUUUACACCAUCACUUGAAGAAAAUGAAACUUUUGAUUUUUUUGAAGUCAAUGGUCUUUUAUUUUUUUUUGCUUAUUUGGUUGACAGGCAAGAAGAAAAUGAUGUAAAUACUUACUCUUCGACAUCUUCGACCAUGGAAGUCGACAUAGGAAAAGAUUCCGAAUGUAUUCAAUUUUCAUCCUUGGAUAACAAAUUAUCCAAAUCCGAUAUAGAAGGCGCGCCUUAUCGUGACAUAGAGACUAUCAGUGGCACGUCCAGAGCAGAUCAACAGAUUACCGUCAAGUUUCGUUCCACAGUGUGCCGUUCCGUGUUGUGGACGGACGUUGGGGAGACUGGAAUAAACUUUGAUGACUGUGUGAACGGUGGCGUUUACUUUAAGGAUUUUACUAUUUGGAAUCGAUCAGAAAUCGAAUUAUAUUGGCUUUUAAAUACAGUUGACUUGUCUUAUUCUAAACGUGAAGAUUGGUUGAAGUUUACAGAUUAUGAUACUGGAGAGUUAUUGGAUACAAAACCAAUACCAAGCUAUUCUCAUAGGAGGAUUAGAGUCACAUUUCGACCAAAGGAAAUUGGUGAAUUUAAUUACGACCUCCAACUUGAAAAUGCAAAUGACCCUGCAAAUGUUUUGCAAAGCAGGAUUCAUUCAGUUGUUAGAACAGUGUUAAGUGAAGAGUCAUUAGUCAUUAGCAGCGGUAAUAUCCUCGAUUUUGGAGAUUGCUGCGCUGGUGUCUGGAGCAAACAACAAUUGGUGUUAAAAAAUGUCAGUGAAGGGCUCCUGGAAAUCCAUUUUACAUCUGAAAGUGCAGAUGUAUCAUUUCAUCUAAUUACUAAUGAAUUAACAAAAUAUGAUAAUAUUAAUACGAGUGCUCAUAUCGAAGAUUUGGAAGACAUGGCACCAUUACAUCAGAAGUUCAAUGAUACAAACAUUUCAAGCAAUAUAUCUCUAGUAAAUAAUAUCAAUUCUAGUUUAGUUAGUGAGAUUUCAGUUCCUGGCAGUGAGGUUAGUUCUAGAUCGAUGUCUCCAAUUGCUCCAGCCCACGAGUCCGAUGGAUUAGUUUCUCCUGAGAAUAUAAGCGUGGUCAGUGAGCCAUCAUCAGAGGCUGCAUCAAGGUCAGCGAGCAGACAUCGCACCAGUGUUAUGGAAGAUUCGGACUUGGAAACUGAAAAUAUAUCUGGGCGAAGCUUUUUAAUUAGCGAUUCCUUUAGGAAGUCUGAUCUUGGUAUCAGUGUUGCUGAUGGGUUCGCUCAAAUAGAGGAGCUCCGUCUUAAACCCGGAAAGGAACGUACUGUUCAGGUGUCUUAUCGUCCAGAGAAAGAUUCUUCAGCCACAGACUUCAAUGCUAUUCUACUUACUCGUAAAACCUUUCGAAUUAUUGUACAAUAUACUCCUAUCAAUGCUAUUUCAACCAGCUUAAAUACAGUCGGCCAAGGGCGCAAAAUUAUUCAAUGUAAAGCUCGCAGCUGCACUUCAUUCAUUGAAGUCAGUCCAAAGGAAGUUAAUUUUGGAGAUACCGAUGUUGGCACUCUUAAAUCAAUGCCGAUUACCAUUGCAAAUUUAUCAGAGUUGACUGCGCGCGUUGAACUUAGAUUUGAUUCAAAAGUGCUAUAUUGUACUCGUAAAGAAAUCAUUAUCCCACCAAAGCUUUCAACGGAGGUCAAGCUUGAUAUGUAUCCCAGAAAAGUGAACGUGGAAUAUCGUAAGCAAAUCACCGUUGUUAAUUUACAAAAUCGAGAUAAUGACCAGAUAAUUGAGGUUAGAAGUACGAACAUUGACAAGAAUCGCGUCACAUUUCAUUCCUUAUUUUAUCGAACGUUAACAUCAAAUGGCAGUAAUUUCAUUGAUUUUGGAUAUACUGUGCUAAAUUCACCAUCCAUCCGGACUUUUACGAUUGAUAACAUUAGCACAAAGAAAUUAGUUCUUGAGAUAACAUCCUCCUUACCCGAAGAGAUAGUCAUGUAUCAGAAACGUAAAAAAACUGAUGACCUUAGCAGUCAAGGAGAUAUCGUUAUGAAUGCACUUACAGAUUCAGAUGGUAAUCUUGGAAGGAAUGGAGAAAUUGAUUCAAAUUGCUCCAAAAUAGACAAAAGAGAGAAAUUAUUAAAAUCUAUUUGUGAACGUCGACUAGCAAAAAAAUAUCCUUUGACUACUGAUUCUACUGGAAAAAAUAUAAAUAUAGCAAAUUUGUCUACAGUAAAUGCCGAAAUCAAGACGGAAGAAGCUCAUUAUAGUAUAUCCAAUAAACGACUCAUUCCAAACAUAUCUGAUGUAUCUCUAGCUGAGGGGACAACAUAUAACACGGAUUAUCUUGAUUUAGCAGGUCUUACGUCCAUAGACCUACGUCGUUCUUCACGAAGGAGGCAACAAAAAACACCGAUAAGUAAAACAGGCAUAAGUCCCGCGAUCGAAAGAAUAAAAGAAAGUUAUGCUGUACCUGUUUCUACAGGUGGUUCUGGCAGUGUUUGUGCUUUCAAUGCCGGCUCUACUAAUGUUCCAAGCGCUGCUUUUGAUAAAGCGAAUUCUGAUAUUUGCGAGAGUAAUAUUGGCGAUGAGUCAUUAGGAGAUAAAUUGGAUCAUGAUUCUGAAAGCACUAACCUAAUACUUACGAAAGGAAAUUAUGCCAAAAAUAAGGCUGUAGAUAGAUAUACAUUUUCUAAUAUGUCAAUAGACUCGCUAAUCGCAACCCUCGAGGCCAAUAAUAUCACAACUCCGCCGUUGUUUCCUAAGUCAUCAGUUGAAGAAGCUUACGUGCAAAAACAGAUUGGUCUUAUGCGAGAAUUACGCAACCGGAUAAAAGAAUAUCAUAUUGUUCCAAUUAAAAUGGUAGAAAUUCCUCCCUCCGGUGAAAGUCAGAUCAUAGUAAUCUUUACACCAAAGCAAAUGCUGCGACCAAAUGUACAAGGGUUACCGAAAAAGUGCGAUGCUAAAGUAUUUAUACGUUUAAUAGAUUUUGAUCGUGACAUUCAGCAGCCUCAGUUUGAUGGUUUGCUUCAUGGUAAUCAAAAUCAAAUUCCUGUCAGGGAGCUUAUGGUGAAUGCUACAUUAUGUAGAUCGUAUAUGAUUCUUAGGCAAAAAAACAUUAAUUUUGGAAUAAUAGAUAAGGGUGAGCGUAGAAAUAAGACCAUACUCAUUCAAAAUCGAAGUGAAGUGCCUUUGCUAUAUAAUAUACGGAAAUCUGGAUCAAUUACAUCUAGAGACGUUGUAUUUGGUGCAGGCCAAUUAGGAGUCGUCCGUGGAUAUGGAAGUAAAGAAGUAGAGUUCACUUUUAAACCCAGGUUUACGGGUCAAUUUUAUGAGAGGUUUAUUAUUGAAAAUAUCCAAGAUCAUGAUAAUAAUCAAAUGCUUUCAGUAAAAGCAGAUAUACGUAAACCAUUUAACUUUUCUAUCCAGCCAUCAAAUAUUGAUUUUGGUGCAUGUCUAAUUAAUGACAAUAUACCAGUCGCACAGAGCAUUGUAGUAAGCAACACUAAUAAGCAAUCACGCACAUUUGAGGUGCGAAUUAAUCCACGUGAUCUAAAAUUUAGUGCAUGUGUUGGUGAAUUGAAUUUUAUUCCUCUGGAAGAAGUUGAUGGUGCAUUAUCAACUGGUGGAAUUCUCAGCAAGGAGACGGAAGAAAAAAUUGAAGAAUUGGAACAAAAAGUUAAAAUUGCGAGACGCAAAGGUCACACUGGCAAAGUGGAGCAAAUUGAAAAACAAUUAGAGACACUGCGACGAGGGAAAUCAGGAAUCGAGGAUUCGAAAACUUCAAAUGAAUUAGUUAAUGAUGUUACUGUAGAUUUUGUAAAUGGCAUUACGUCGAAGGAAGAAAAAUUAAAUUGUGCUAGUAAUGAACAACAAACAAUUUCUGAAGAAACAUCAUUAGGUAGCACAACCAAUGAACGUCCUAACGAAAACAAUUUUAUACAAAGCAGACAACCGGCACGUGCAGAAAAAUUGACAGAUCACCCUGCUAAACGCGUUUUCAGCUCUAAUUAUAGUAAAGGAAAAGAUGCAAACUAUAAAAAGACGUCUACGUCAAUUAUUUUCUCUAUUGAGCCUCAGACUACAAAAACGGUGUUUUUAUAUUUUAGGGCCAUUGCUACCAGCAUGUUACCAAGUUCAACCAGUGAGGAAACUGCGGGCCAAGGAAUAUCUUUCGAACAAAUUACUGGUCAAGUAUAUGUGCAUGAGCACAAAAACACCGAUGUCGUUAAGACUAUUAGUUUUCGAGCUACAGUUUGUUAUGACUCUAGUUAUUUACAGGCAUUAAAUAACGUAUCUAAUAAUAGUGAGAGUCGUUCUGAGACAGAGUUUUCUACUACGGCCACAGACAUAUCUGAACAAAUAUUAAAGGAAAGGUCAAAUUCUCCAUCUUUACGUAAUACACCCAAUGCAAUAAGUCCUCCAGCUUUUCAGAGCUAUUAUUUAACUUCAAGAUCUUCAGCUCAUUCACCAUCGCUAGGACCAUUACAAGAAGGCAUUUCGUAUGCAAAUUCUUUCGAAAAGGAUGAUUAUUUACCUGAAAAUUUAAGUUUAGAGCCGGCAGUUCUUGAUAUUGGGAAACUUGAAGUUAAUCAAAAUCACAAUUAUUACUUUAAGUUGACCAACAAAGGUGAUAGUUUGUUAGAAUAUGAAAUUAUUGUUUCGGAAAGCGAGUGUUCUUUUUUUCAAAUUGAUGAGAAAUGCGGAAAACUAUCAGCUCAAGAAACACGUCGUAUUGAUUUUGCAGUCAUUGCAACUGAUGUUGGUCGCCAAAAGCAUUCAUUGAUUGUCCGAAAUUGUGAAACUCAGGCUCAAUACAGCUUUACUCUUCAUGGUUAUAUCCAUUAUGCUCAAUAUCUAUCAUUCCCUUCACUCGAAGAUGAGCUAAAUUUAGGGUAUUGUUAUGUGGACCCUGGAAGAAAAUAUUCACAAGUUACUCCUCUUAUAGUGGAAAAUAUUACUGAUGAAGACGUUUUUAUUACUUGUCAAAGUAAUUUAUCUGUUCAAGUGUCAGUUUUUCUUGAUGAAAAUGGUGAGCGUGGCCAAGUUGUUGAGACUUUUUUUAGAAAAAAGACAAUGAUGACGGUUUGGGUCGCGUUACAGCCCAAUCUCUUUAACGGAGGCCUUGCAGCGUCCAGGGGGAAUAAUGGUAAUGCAGUGAAUUCAUUAGGAAACACGCCCAUCGGUACUAGCAUAAUUGACCGAAAUGCGAUAGCAAAUGGCGAGUGUCGUGUAUUAAUCGGUGGCAUUAAAUUUUCAGUCCAAAUUAAGGAAGUCGAUAGAUCCCAGAUCGUAAAUUCUGAUCAUAAUGCUGUAGAUAUGAAACAUAAAGAAUCUGCACUAGAGUUGUUUACUAUAAUCACACAGACAGUCAAGUUUACGUCUUUAAUUGGUCGUUCCAUAAUGUCAGUUUCGGACUCUCUAAUAAACCUUGGCUCGACUAGAGUUAUGGGCAACACAUUCUAUGGCUCAUUCACUGUGCGUAAUAUGUCUAGUCGUCUUCCGCUAGAUUACAUGGUUGAAUGUCAUAGUGGUAAUAUCAUCUUGGACCGUUCGGGUGGCACACUUGAGGGAUGGGAAUGUAAAUACAAUUCAUAUGAUUCUUCAAGUCAUAAUAUUAUGUCAUCUGAUAUUAAAGAAACUACUUAUAAAAAUAGUAUUAAUGAUAAAUCCUUAGCUCUUACUAAUUUUCGUGUUACAUCAUGUAAGUACGGGCUUUUUCGCGACAAGGUCGUUGUAACAAACAAAAAUAAUGCAGAUCAAGUUGUUGAAGUUGAAAUUCGACUAUUUGUUGACCCAGACAAUCUUUCUUUCUUUACUGAGAAUGAGUUUUCUAUAUCUAAAGCCAAUUUAUUUGAUAAUGGAAAGCCAAAAAACUCUGAAAUUUUACCAAUAAUUUCUUGGGAGAACAUUUUUGCAGCAAUCAGCCAUAUUGAAUCAAAUUUGCCCAUUGAGACAGAUGUUAAGGAGUGCACAAAGAAAGAACUUAAAGCUUUCAUUCAAAAAGAACAUCGAGAGACCUCCGUUCCAUUAUAUGAACAAUGUGCUGAAAUUUGUAAUAAAUCACCGUCUCAUGUUAUGCAGAUUCUCCCAUUGAGUGACCUAGAUAUAGUGACUCGGUGGGAACCUUUUGAUAACGUUAGAGCGAUUGAAAGACAAGAUGAUAGGCUACAGCAAGAUUAUUCUCCAUUCAAAAUCUGUGGACCUUUAUUUGAACUAAAGCCUGGAGAUAAAGCACGUAUUUAUAUAAGCUGUCCACAACCAAGCUUUUUAACUCAAGAAGAAUUAAUUAUGAUUGCAAAUGGAAAAAAUGUUAGUGUUCGAGGUGUAUUCUUUUUGAUUGAUUCAAUCCAAAAUCUAGUCGUAAAAUUGGUUGAUCUUUGUUCUGUAUUCUGUGUCUCAAGAGGAGAAUUGAGCGUACCUAUAGUGAAUAUUGGACGAAUAGGUUAUUCAAACUCUUGGUCUGACGUAAAGUUUCAAUUCACUGUUAGGAAUGUGUCUGACAUACCACUAAAUUAUGAAUUAGAAAGUCCUGAUUAUAUUGAGAUGGAUGAUAAUUCCAACUGUGCUAAUCAAGGGGUUGUUCUUAAGCAUACAGUAGAGCCACGUGCUGACAAAAUUAUCAUGGCAACACUUAAGCCUCGUCUAAUACCCAAUUUUGCUGCUGGUGAACGCACAUUUAUAGUUAAUAUUCUUAAUAUGUACAACCCUUCGAAUGUCUUAACUUUAAAAGUUAAAUCAAUUCUCACGUUGUUUGAGCUCAAAUUUAAUCGUUUAACGCAUGGUGAAUUUGUAAUGCCCACUCUUUACCAUCCAAUUCCUUCAUCAGACGUUCCAUGUGAUGCCUGGUUCACGAUCAUUAAUGUGAGCGAUCAAGACAUCCGGUUCGAAAUUGGUGUAGAACUUAAGCCUAAUAUAUCUCAAUAUGUAAAAGUUGAAGUUCUUUCUAGAUAUUCUAAUUCUCCGUUAGUAGGAGUAGUAUCAAUUAUUGGUAAUGGUUCUAUGGAAGUCAGAGUGCGCAUUUACCCAAUUGAAGAAAAUCGUAUACCUCGUGAGCUAUCUUAUCUCACAGAUAAUGAAGGUAUCAUCUUUGGAAAUCUUUGGGUUGCAACAAAACAGACCAAUGAUAAUGCGGAUCAAAAAGUUGCUGAGAAUAUACCUAUUCGUGGUAUUAUUGCUGAAUCCUCAAUGUUUUCUAUAUCUCCAAACAGAAUUCGAUUCAAGACUACAUGGUCUUCAGAUAGCGAAAUUACUGACGAAGACUACUCUGAAAGUCAAUUGACCCUAAUUCAUAAGCAAAAAGCAUCUUCAUGUAUACCGGUAGAGGCUUUAGUUAUAAGCGACUCAGAAGAUACGUCUAUCCAAAAUAAUUCGGUCACUAUUACUAAUAAUUCAGAUAAAAUUCCCCUUUUUUUCAAAGUUCAAAUUGAGGGGCCUAUGGAAUUUUCUUCGAAAGAUUUUAAUAUUACUCCUUUGGAUGAAAAUGGAUGUGGUACUGUAGAAGCAGGUCAAAAGCUCUUGCUAGGAAUUGAUUUUGUUAAUUCUGCAGUAGCAGUAUCAGAAGACAUCAAGAUUCAUAUCAUAGAUUUACUAUCACUCUGCGGGCAAAAGAAAACUAUUCUUGUUAAUAUUGAAUCCGACAUUAGAGAAAAUCGCAACAAAAUAAAGAGAAUACACAGAUCAGAAGAAUUAUCUGAUUCUUCAGCAUUAGAAAAAAUUGAUUUUAUUGGGAAACCUUUGACACCUUCAUUGGAAGGUAUCCACAUGUAUCAGGAAUCCUCAUCCGGCCUUCCUCAUAUUACUCUCCGCGGGUGCAAACGAAUUGGAGGAUCCACUGACCUUAGUGGCCGAUAUGAACUGGACCUUGGACAACAAGAUCUCGGAUCUCCUACCAUUGUAAAAAAACUAACACUUGAGAAUUCAACUUCUCAACAAAUUUCUUACCGCAUUAAAACGGUUUUCGAAAGUGAUAAAAAUUGGCUUAAUAUUAACCGAAUUGAAGGAACAUUAGAGGCGUCAGUAGAUGAUUAUAAGCAACGUCUAGAUGCACAUACAAUCACACUGAGUUUUUUUACAAAUACCAGAAAUGUCCAUUCAACUUAUUUAAUUAUCGAAAAUUUGAGUAAUCCCUCAGAUAUCAAGACUAUAAGAGUUAUGAUGGAGGUUGUCGCUCGCCAAAAUUUGCGACGAGGGACAAGUGCGCCACUUCCUAAUAAUCACGUCUUUGAUAUUUACGUGAACGGCGUAGAUAUUGGUCAUACCUGGAUUGAGAUGCUCAACCUUUUUUAUGGUUCUGAAUAUUCUGCUCGCAGCAUGGUGAUUUAUAAUAGAGAGACAGUUCCCCUUGAGUUUACUUUUCAAACAAAUCUCGAUUAUGAUGAUCCGACCGAAAUAGUGUUCUCCACGUCAAGAAUCACCGCAAAAUUAUUUAAAACGCUUACUGUUGAACCAGAAAGUAAUGUACGAGUCUAUAUCCGUUUCCGACCACUUCCUUCUCGAGAAAUUCAAAAAUUACUUGACAAUAAGGAACUAAGAGAUCCCGAAUCAAUAGAGGAAAAAAUAAUUGAAAUAUAUGUAAAUUGUAGACUUGUUAAGGAUUAUCAGCAAACUGUUAAACUAAAAGCAGAAUGCAAAAUCCCGUCAUUACAAGUGGAGUACGAGGACUCCGAAGCUUUGACAGGAAAAAUAUAUCGAAAAGAUUCUAGUUGCAAUGAUGAUGAAUUUACUGUGGAAUUUGAUAAAGAUGAUCGAGAAAUUACGAUUAAGAAUUUACUUGAGACUAUACUAGAAUAUGAAAUAGUAAAUGACACAAUGUAUUUCAUUUUGGAUGUCUCUCGUGCCAGUAAUAAGGUGACACCAAAAUCAGAUCAACACAUUAUUGUACGGCCAAAUGUUGAAGCUCUAAUUAAAAACGCUGAAAGCGUGCGGAGGGAAAAAUAUAUUCAAGAGUAUGUUACAGUAUAUAACCGAAAUCGUCCGUCGGAAAAUUAUUGGAUACCACUUAGAAUAAGCUUUGGUUACUUUAAAAAUUUUCAGCUAACAUCGGGUUAUAAAUCUUCAUACGCUUUUGGUGUUCUUGAAAAUCGUACUGUGAACUUCUUGAAUGAUUUUAAUCGUAAUUCUCAGAACCUUUCUUUACUUGGUACUUGUAACGAUGAGGACUUUAAGAAAAAACUGCUAGACCUUGAAUUCCAAUAUUUCUACAUUGUUGACCAGUUAGUUUAUUAUUCCACAAUUAAGACUGGAGAGAAUUGGUUUCAGUUAGCUAGUUUGUUAUUUGGAAUUGUAUUGAGGAAUCAAGUUUUUCGAAAUCAUGGACCGGCAUAUCUUAAGAAACCUGAUGACGGAACAGAUAAAGUUGAAAAGUUAUGGCCCCCGCACUUAGCAAAAUGGAUAUCACCGUUAAACUAUUUUAUCUCAUUUUUUCCUUAUCGAAAUCCAAUGCUUGAAACAUUGAAGGACCUUCACAAAGACAUGAUAAUCUUACCAACUUUCACGAACUGA